AUGUCAGUAGCGACCGCACAGCCAGUCAAGCCUGUGAAUUGGGCGGACGACGACGCAGAGGAAGGAUCUGCAAGCAAUACCCCACGUAUCGAGACACGCGACGAGGGAAACGGUGUCCACGUUGUUACAGAAUACCGCACGAAUGCUGACGACAAGCCUGUGAAGGUGACACGGCGCAUCAAGCGCACGUUGAUCAGCACGCGUGUGAACCACGACAUGGCCGAGCGCAAAGGUUGGACCAAGUUCGGCUUGGAAAAGAACUCUUCUUCCGGCCCAAAUGCAGGCACUACAUCGAUUGGUGCCAAUGUUCAGAUCAAGCUGAACGCUGGCGGAAAUAAAGAACCCGAGCAGGACCCAACCGAGGCGAUGCGCGAGAAGCUGGCAAACAAGCGUGUGCAAUGUCGUCUGUGCAAGGGCGAUCAUUAUACAGCACGUUGCCCGUACAGGGAUACACUUGAAGCGAUUCCUGGUGCAGGGUCUGAGAACCCUGACGCAGAGAGCGCAGCAGCAGCCGCUAUCGCACAGGUUGGCGGCGAGGUUCCAGCUGCGGCAAAGAUCAAUUCUGUUGCAUCCGCGCUGGGCGGUGGAAAGUACAAGCCCCCAAGCCUGCGUUCUGGCGCGGUGCCAAUGAGCAUGGGCGGUCCCACACAGCGCGACGAUUCCUCGACUCUUCGUGUAACGAACUUGAGCGAUGAUGUGGAAGAGGAAGACUUGCGCGACCUCUUUCGUCGUUACGGGCGUGUCACACGUAUUUACCUUGGUCGUGAUCGUGAGACUGGCGCAUGCAAAGGGUUUGCGUAUGUCAACUUUGAAGACCGCGCGUCUGCUGAUCUUGCGCGGCAAAAACUGGACGGAUUCCCGUACAGCAAUCUCAUCCUCAGUUGCCAGUGGUCGCAACCGCGUGCGGAUCGCCCGACCUGA